GCGACCCUCUCAACAUUCAAGGCCAGAGUGUGAGGGGAUUGGGCUAUUGUGAGCUUCUCUGUGUGUUGUCUGCAGAGAGGGGGAGCGCGAAGGAAGAGAAAAGAGAGCAGCAGUAGCCUUCAACUCGAGUUAUUUGCUGAGGCUUGAAUUCAGAGGUGCACUUUAAACUUAUGAAAACAUUUCUAUCCACUCCUGCCUCCCAGCUCUCCAGAGCUCCUCUUAUCUCUUCGACCCCCCUGUCUUAUCCGCCACGCAUCCACUCUCCCGACUGUUGGCCUGACCUGCUUCCCAGGGAACUCAACGGGGCAAGAAGAGGCUGCAGAGCAUUCAUCAAGUGGAGGAAGAGUGAGAGGUAGCCAGAGCCAUCAUGGCCGUGUCCCAGGAAAGGAGUGCGUUUCUGGGGCUGGCGGUGCUUCUUUUGCUUGGUGCGGGCUUGGAGGAAGUUGUGGAGGGAUGCAGCUGCCACCCAUCACACCCACAGCAACUAUUCUGCAGCGCUGAGAUUGUGAUAAGGGCAAAGAUCUCCGGAGAGAAGAUCGUGUCGCCUAGCAACAGCUCCUCACCUUACAUGAAGAUGAUCCAGUAUGAAAUCAAAAUGAUCAAGAUGUUCAAAGGUUUUGACAGAGCCAAGGACAUCCAGUAUGUGUACACUCCCGUCUUCUCCUCACUCUGUGGAGUCAAGCUGGACUCCAACAAUAAAGCAGGGUAUCUGCUCUCAGGAAGCAUGUGGAGCGACGGACGGAUUUCUAUUGGCCAGUGUGACCUAGUGGAGACAUGGGACAACUUAUCGCUGUCACAAAAAAAGAACCUCAACUACAGAUACCAGAUGGGCUGUGAAUGCAGAAUCAACACAUGCUACACGGUGCCAUGUGCGUCUACAGGAGAGAACGAGUGCCUGUGGACAGACUGGCUGCUGGAUAACAGUCUGAACGGGGAGCAGGCUCGGCAGUAUGCCUGCAUCCGACGAUCAGACACGAGCUGUAGCUGGUAUCGGGGUGGGCCACCACCCGAGAAGGACUUCUUGGACAUGACUGACCCAUGAUCUAUAACCCUGACUUCAAACACGCUCUAAGAAAAACUCAACCCUGCUUUUGGCGUAUUUAGCACCCAUUUGGCUUGCAAAGUAGCAACUAAAAUGUGUGAAAAAUUAGCAAAUUUUUCAAAACUACUAGAGUAAAAGUUGCCAUUAAGCUACUGUUUGCAACGUUCUGGCAGUCUAUCCAGCAACAGGAAGAUAGAUAUUGUGCAAAAUGCAGGUUCCUUGAGCAUUUCUCUGACUCAUUUCACACGUUCCACUUCCCAUGUUGUUACCGAGUCAGAACAGCUUCUGAACAUCUACGGCAAAUUGUUCACUUCUCAGCGCUUUGCCUCAUUGUACAUUCACUCAUUUUACGUAAACCCUAUAAUUACUUGAGCAUUGUACAAUAGUUUAACUAGCAAUUUAAGUUGAGAAUUUACAGAAAUAUGAACAAAAUUGUUUAAGAACACGAAAUUAAUAGAAGCCUUUCUUGCAACAACAUUGCAGAGUCUAAUCUUGCACAUCUUGACUGCAACAUCCUGACAUUGCAUUCCUCAUCUGUAAUGCUGGCGAAAAUUAAAAAGCCCUGAAUAUACUGUGCUCUGCAAACAUUGUAGGCACUCAAACUCAAACAGGGAUACAUAAAAUGCAUUUUUGGAAGGUUUUUAAUUUAUUGGUAUAAUUUAAAGUGAAGUAAAUAAAAGAUAAACAAAAAAAAAUAAAUAAACAGAAAUCCUAAGUGUCUUUCUCCUAAUGAUCUUUAGAGUAAAGCCAUUAUGAACCUUUUUGUUUGCUUUUUCUCUCUCUUUAUUUGAGGUUGCUCCAUAUCACGACGUUGGAGCUGAAAAUGCAAAAUUAUAAAGUAUACAUAUUUACGUAUGAAUGUAAAGUGCCUAAAACCUUUACAUUCUGCAGUUUAUUUGUUGUCAUUUAGUUUGUUGCUGUUACACAGAAAUUACAUGACACAAUUCCUUCAAAUUUAAAUACUCACCAUUUUAAUCGCAAAAUUGUGAGACUGUAAAUAUAGUAUUAGUAUUUAAUUAACAUUUUCAUGCCUAACCAUGUGUUUUCUUAUAGCAUAGAGCUUCUUAUCCUUACUAGUUCCCUCGGUGAAGCUCUGUCCUGUUUUUUUCUUGUGCCAAAAACCUAAUCCGGUGCUUUGACAACAGCACUGCCACCUGUAGAAGCCAAGCCUUUCCUCAUUAGAGGAAAUGACAUACAGUACAACAGGACAAGGUUCAGUUUUUAGCUACUUGCAACAGUAGAUGGACCGCUCGCCUCCAUUUUUCAGACAUCUGCAGAAUCAUUAAAGUGUUGUGCAUUAAAGACUAAGGACAGCAGUCUGACUGUGCAGAUUAUAAUGCAUUAUCCUUUGCUGUUGUGAAAAGGGAAUUUCACCCUAACUGUUACAUUUGUUUUUUGCUUUUGUCACACCAGUUUCAGAUUGUCAAAUAAAUUUUAUCGGAUGAAGAUGACCUGAAUAAAAAUACAAUGCAGUCUUUGAGAAAACCUUUCAUUUAUUAGGGACAACGGUUACCUAACCAACCUCAAACAAUGUUUAAAAGUAAUUCACCUCUAAAUCUAAUGUCUAAUUGUGCCAAUUUUGGCAACAGAAGCUGUCAUCGGGCAUUUGUGAUGACCAUAACUGCUGUGGAGGAAUAAUGACACCACCUCAUUUACAGAAUCAUUGGAGAGUUUCAGAGGAAGAAGAAUUUGACUAGAACUCUUCAAAAACCCUCAUGGGUUUGUUGGUGUGCUUUGGAUCAUUAUCCUGGGACAUAACCAAAGUACAUUCAAGCUUAACACCAGGAACCGAUGGCCGGAUGAUCUCCUUCAGGAUUUUCCGAGAGAGCAAAAUUCAUGGUUCCAUCAGUUAAAGCAGGGCUUCCAGGGCCUGAAGCAGCAGAGCCGCCCCCAGUCAUCACACAACUACCACCAUGUUUACAUGUGGGUGUGGUACUCUUUUUUUAUAAAAUGUGUUAAUUUUAUGCUUGAUGUAACAGAAACCACGCCUUCCAAAAUUUCUACAUUUGGCUUUUUGUUCCACAGAAUAGUUUGCUCAAAAGUCUUGGAAAUGUGAGAUUGGCCUUUGUGCUUUAACAUUUUUUCAGUUAAAAGUGGUUUUGAAAAACUCUUGGCCCCUGGUGAAAUUUAAAUUUGACAGUUUAUCACAGGUAUUUUUUUUUUUAAUAAGGGACAGAUUGUUAGUUUUUUUACAGAUAAGACCAGGUUGGUUUGGAUAGCUCGCUUCCUUAAUAAAGGAAAUAAUUUGAAAACUAAAUUUAUCACCGUCUUCUAAUUUUUGUAUGUGGAUCUGAAACAUUUACAUUUGACGAUAUUUUUUUACUGCACUGUUUAACUUAGUAAGUCAACUUCAAUUGAAAGUCAGAGUCAAGACUAAAUGUUUACCUUGAAUGGGACAUUUUCAUUUUAAAUAUGAGACAAUAGUCUAAAUAUUAACCAAUUUAAUGAUACAGUUAAUUUAGUAUCACAAAGCCCAAGUUAACAAUGCAAAAUAAUACUUUAUGAUUUAAUGAAGUGUUUAAAAAAAAAUUCAGUUUUGUUUUUUACCGAAUUUUUUUUUUGGGUUUGUAUUUAAAUCUCUGUUUCUGUCUACAUAAAGUUUUCUAUCUUCAUGUACCAAAAAAAAUGUAAAUAAAAUGUCUCAGUGGAACGAUG